CAAAGCCAUAGCCAUCCAUUGGAUCAUAAUAUAAUACACACAAGAACUAGAAGGAGAGAAGGAAGUUGAAGGCCAAAACGACGGCAUUUUAUAAGCUUGUUUUGAUUCUACAUGGAAGCAGUCGGCCGGAAAAUGCCCAACGAGUUUGUUAGCUUGAAGGAGACCGAGCUCUGCCUCGGGUUGCCCGGCGGCGGCGGUGGAGGAGAUCAGCCGUUGGAGAUGACCCUCAAACCUUCUGGCAAGCGGGGUUUCUCUGAAACUGUUGAUCUCAAGCUUAAAAUUCAGAGUAAGGAUGGCGGCGGUGGUGGCAGCAAGAAUGUUGCAGCAAACGUCGUCGACGGCCAGACGACCCUCUGCUCCAAGGAUCCGGCUAAGCCUCCUGCCAAAGCGCAAGUCGUGGGUUGGCCACCAGUGCGAUCAUAUAGGAAGAACAUGAUGGCACAAAAGAACACAACCGGUGAAGGAGCGGAGAAAGGGAACGGUGGCUCGGCUGCAUUUGUGAAGGUUUGCAUGGAUGGUGCUCCAUAUCUUCGUAAGGUAGACUUGAAAAUGUACCAAAGCUACCAAGAGCUCUCAGAUGCCUUGGCCAAGAUGUUCAGCUCCUUCACCAUGGGUGAUUAUGGCACGGAAGGAAUGAUAGACUUCAUGAACGAAAGAAAGUUGAUGGAUCUUCUAAAUAGUUCCGAGUUCGUUCCAACUUACGAAGACAAAGACGGCGACUGGAUGCUCGUCGGCGACGUUCCAUGGGAAAUGUUCGUGGAUUCAUGCAAGCGUUUAAGAAUCAUGAAGGGAUCAGAAGCCAUCGGUCUCGCCCCAAGAGCCAUGGAGAAAUGCAAAAGCAGAAGCUAGGUGAGGAGAGAGAAUGAAGAAGAUGGUUCCAGCUUGGAACACAUGCAUGCUAUUCUGUGUAUUUCUGAAAUUUUAAUGU